GGGCGCUAAACAAUCUAUAAUCAGCAAUCCGCAAAAUGGAAGAAUACGCACGUGAACCAUGUCCAUGGAGAAUAGUGGACGACUGCGGUGGUGCCUUCUCCAUGGGUUGCAUCGGUGGAGGUGUGGUCCACUCAAUACUGGGAGCUAGGAAUGCACCUGCUGGUUUUAGACAGAGGCUUGUAGGCAGCUUCUUAGCAGUCAAACACAAAGCACCUAUUGUUGGGGGCAAUUUUGCAGUAUGGGGCGGACUGUUUUCCACGUUUGACUGUGCCCUGGUUCACAUACGCAAGAAGGAAGAUCCUUGGAACUCAAUCACAAGUGGGGCGUUGACAGGGGCAGUUUUGGCUGCAAGAAAUGGAGCUGUUGCUAUGGGAACUUCAGCUAUGAUCGGUGGUAUUUUAUUGGCCAUGAUUGAAGGCAUCGGUAUCUUGAUGACGAGAAUGUCUGCUGACCAGUUCAGACCAGUGAAUCCCCAAAUGGAAGAUCCCUCCCAGCUUGGGCCCAAAGCUCCGCCCCCCUUCGGAAACGCUCAGUAUCAAUGAUAGCAGC